AUGACGACCACCACCGUCUUCCAAAACGGCCGUUUCUUCACGGCCUCGGGCGGCCCCAAACAACCCGAGAAGCCAACCUUUGCGGAAUGCAUGAUCACGCAGGACGGCAAGAUCAGCUUCGUCGGGCCGGCCUCGAGCGCUGCGGUGACGGAGGCGGUGGCCGCGGGGGCCGAGACGCGCGACGUCGGCGGGCGGGUGGUGGUGCCUGGCUUCGUCGACGGGCACAUGCACCUGAUGCUGAUGGGCCAGGCGCUGACGGCCGUGCCGCUGGACAACUGCAAGAGCCUGGACGACAUCCGCGCGGCCAUUCGCGCGUGGGCGGCGGCCAACCCGGCGGCGCCGCACAUCUUCUGCCGCGGCUGGAUGCACUCGAUGACGGGCGCGGAGCCGCCCACGGCGGCCUGGCUCGACGACCUCGACCCGCGGCCCAUCUUCAUCAACGCCAAGGACCUGCACUCGACGUGGUGCAACAGCGCCGCGCUCGUCGACAUGGGCAUCGACGAGAAGACGCCUGAGGUCCCCGGCGGUACGAUUUCUAGGGACGCAGCGGGCAAGCCAACGGGCCUUCUGAGCGAGGCGGCCAACAUCAACCUGGUGUGGCCGCACGUGGCGCGCGUAGCCACGGUCGAGGACCGUGUUGAACGUCUGGAGGCGGCGUUCGCGGCGUACAGCGCGGCGGGCUACACGGGCGUGGUGGAGAUGGCCAUGGACGAGACGGCGUGGGAGGCGCUGCAGGAGCUGCUCCGUCGACGCUCCGCCAGCGGCCUGCCGCCGCCGCCCGUCCGCGUCGCCGCGCACUGGCUGAUCAGCCCGAAGGACACGGAGGCCGAGAACGUCGCCCAGGUCGACAGGGCGGCUGAGCUGCACGCGCAGUUCAACAUCGACACUUCGCCUUCCUUCCGCAUCGCCGGCAUCAAGGUCAUCUGUGACGGCGUCAUCGACGCCUGCACCGCCGCCCUGACCGAGCCCUACUCCAACAACAACGUCGACUGCCCCACCAUCUGGUCCCCCACGCAGCUCCUCCCCGUCGUCCAGCGCGCAGCCUCGCACGGCCUGCAAGUCGCGCUCCACGCCAUCGGCGACGCCGCCAUCACGACUGCCAUCGACGCCUUGGAGACAGCCUCCACCCCUUCCCAACCUCUCCGCCGCCCCCGCAUCGAGCACCUCGAGCUCGCCUCCGCCCGCGACGCCGCCCGCCUCGGCGCCCUCGGCAUCACGGCGUCCAUCCAACCCGGCCACGCCGACCCGGCCAUCCUGCGCGCCUGGCCCUCGCUGCUGGGCACCCACCGCUGCGGCCGCGCUUUCGCGUACGCCGAUUUCUUGCACCACGGCGCCACGCUCGCGCUCGGGUCCGACGCCCCGACCGCCCCGCACGAGCCGUGGGGCGGCUGGUACACGGCGACGACGCGGCGGAGUGCGAGGGAGAGGGGGUAUCAGGUGACGGUCAAUGAGGAGUGGAAGUUGGGCCUGGCGACGGUGGUGGCGGCGCAGACGGCGGGCGCGGCGUGGAGUUGCUACGCGGAGGGGGUGUGUGGGCGGUUGGAGGUGGGGUUGAGUGCGGAUUUUGUGGUGGUGGAGGGGUUGGAGGGGUGGGAGGUGGAGAGGGUGGCGGACGUGAGGGUUGGGGAGACGUGGUUUGAGGGGCGGAAGGUGUUUGAUGCUAAGGCGAAGGCUUAG